AUGGACUCAACAAAUCACGAAACUCUUAAGCCUACAUCAGAAGAGCUCUACCCAAUUGCCUUAUUAAUGGAUGAGCUUAGGCAUGAUGACGUUGCCAGCAGAGUGCAGGCUAUGAGACGAUUGGAUACGAUUGCCAUUGCACUAGGACAAGAGAGGACUCGUAAAGAGCUGAUUCCAUUUUUGGAUGAUGUUAUCCCAGAGGACGAAGAUGAAGUCAUUGCUGUUGCUGCGGAAGAGUUGGGAAAGUUUGUACCAUAUGUCGGAGGCCGCGAACAUGCCAUUAUACUGAUGCCUGUCCUUGAAAAAAUUGCUGCAUGUGAGGAGCCAAUAGUCAGAGACAAAGCAGUCGACUCCUUGAAUUCAAUCAGUGAGGAAUUGGAUGAAGCUCAAGUUUUACAGGACUUUAUCCCAUUGAUCCAGAGGUUAGCGAAGGAAAGAUGGUUCUCCUUACAUAUAGCCGCAACUGGUCUUUUCAAAAGUGUUAUUGUGAAAGUCCCUUCCGAAACUAGACUAGAAUUACUAAAUCUUUAUCACGAGCUGAUUCAAGAUGAUUCUCCUAUGGUGAGGAAGGCUGCAGCAUCGCAUCUGCCUAGACUGAUUGAUAUUUUGGCGAAACAUUUCAAGUCGCCGGAGAACAUUAAUGAGUUUCACUGGGACCUUAUCACUUCCAUGUAUGAAUCUUUGGUGAACGACAAUCAAGAUUCUGUGAAAUUUUUAUCAGUUGAUGUGUUGAUAGCUAUCCUAGAAUUUUUGAGCGAGAUAAAUGAAACGUCUCACAAUGAGGAUCUCUUCAAAAGCCUGAUUACACUAGCCAGUGACCCUAGCUGGAGAGUCAGAUACAUGGUUGCAGAUAGAUUCGAGAAAUUGGUGACUAGUUUCAAUGAUGCGCAGUACACGAUAAAGUUAGUUUCAAACUUGAUUUCCCUGAUGAAAGACAAUGAAGCUGAGGUUAGAAAAGCGAUUGCAAAACAGCUUCCUGGUGUUUGUAAAUUAGCCAACACUUGCGACCGCUCCAUUGUGCUGAGGAGCAUUGUUCCUGUUGUUUCUCAGCUCAGUAUGGAUGAAUCAGAAACGGUGAGAAGCGCGUUAGCAAGCGAAGUUACAGGAUUAGCCCCUAUUUUAGGCAAAGAUGCUACUAUAGACCACUUGCUGCCAAUCUUUGUUGAGAUGCUCAAAGAUGACUACAGUGAAGUCAGACUGAAUAUCAUUUCUAAUCUUCAGCUUGUUAACGAGGUCAUAGGUAUACAGCUCUUGUCGGAAUCCCUACUACCAGCCAUCACGGCAUUGGCCAACGAUAAACUAUGGAGAGUCAGGCUAGCUAUCAUUGAACAAAUUCCUCUUUUGGCUGAACAACUCGGGGUUGCUUUUUUUGAUGAAGCUUUAGGGCAACUUUGUAUGGAGUGGUUAUGGGAUCCAGUUUACUCUAUCAGGGAAGCGGCAGUUAUAAAUCUACAAAGUUUGACAAAAAAUUUUGGUGAAGAAUGGUGUAAAGAGGAACUGAUCAAGAGAAUUGAAACUAAGAAACAAACCAAGGAUUUUGAGAAUUUCAUAUGCAGAAUCACAUGUUUAUUUGCCUACACAAAGCUGAUUCCAGUCGUGUCAAGCGACACGGUUGUUUCAGAACUUUAUCCACUUAUUGAUGAACUAAAAGAUGAUCAUGUGCCGAAUAUCAGGUUCAAUGUCGCCAAGUCGUUGCUUGUUUUGGCGCAGAAGGUGAUUUCAAUCAAUCGUGAGUUCGUUGUAAGCAAGAUUAAACCUACACUUGAGCUCCUUUGUUCAGACGAAGAUACUGAUGUCAAAUACUUUGCUGAAAGCAGUCUGCAGUCGGUCAAUGAGUUAUUGGGAAAAUAG